AAGUCUACACGAUCAAUUUAAGAGGUUGUUCAACUGUCGUGCCGUUAGAAAAAGUACUUAUUAUAUAACUGUUUGACACUACUCAUAACGGACCAAUUGCAUUUACCACCUACUCGAUUUCUCAACUUCCCAUUUCUGCUUAGAGAGGCUUCAGCAAUGGCUGUCAAGAGAGGAGCUUCUCUCACAAUGACUUGUUUCAGCUUAACCCCUCCAAUUAUAAGCCCUUGUUCUCUUUUACCCGCUCUUUUUCAUUCUCAUUUUCUUCCUUUCUCUACUAAACCUAACUCUAAUUUACAACCCAAACCCGCCUUUAUUCCUUCUCCAUCCACCACUCAUCCCAAACUAAAACAAUUACUCUAUCAUAAAUCUAAGCUUGGUUUUGAUAAACUCCACGAUGCUCUUCUUGUGUUCGAUCAAAUGCUCCUUCUAAAAUAUAGGCUUUCUGUUGUGGAUUUCACACAACUGUUAACCGCCCUGGUUCGAAUGGAAGAGUACUCAGUUGCCAUCUCCAUGUUUAGAGAAUUCCGUGUUUUAAGCAUUCCUGUUAAUAUUGUUACCUUUACUACUGCCAUACAUUCAUGUUGUCAUUUGAACACACUUGAUUAUGCCUUUUCAUUGCUUGCUGUAAUCAUCAAGAGUGGUCAUGUCCCCAAUGUUGUGACCUACAACACUCUCAUCAAGGGCCUUCUAUCUCAAGACAGGCCUUUGGAGGCCAGGGAUUUGUUUAAGAAGCUUAUCAUGUUUCAAGAAAUUCAGCCCAAUGUAGUUAUGUAUAACACCAUCAUUGAUGGUCUCUGCAAGACUUCAAAUACCUCCAUGGCUCUCAAGUUGUUAAGAAAGAUGGAGGAGAUAGGUUGUAACCCCGAUGCGGUAACUUAUACCUCAAUUAUUGAUUCUUUGUGCAAAGAGAGACGAGUCGAUCAUGCAUUGGUUCUUUUGUCGGAAAUGACCGACAAAGGCAUAUCACCUAAUGUUAUAACCUAUAGCACGCUACUUCAAGGUCUUUGCAGCUCCGGCCGAUGGGAGGACACUGAGAGUUUGUUAACAGAGAUGGGGGUUAGGAAGAUCUCUCCAAACUUGCACACCUAUAAUAUAUUAGUUGAUGCACACUGCAAAGAAGGGAGGACAACAGAUGCAGAAGAUGUAAUUGAAAUUAUGAUCCAGAAAGGUGUCUUUCCUGAUUCAAUCACCUGCAAUGCACUAAUGGGUGGAUUUUGUUUAACAGGCAAAAUGGACAGGGCAUUAGAGGUGCUGAAUACCAUGAGGAGUAAUGGGAUAGCGCCAGAUCGUUAUAAUUAUACCAUUCUGAUAAAUGGCUAUUGUAAGAGGCAGGAACUAGACAAAGCCAUCAAUCUCCUCGAACAAAUGCAUGUUGAAGCUAUAAAACCCGAUGUUCAAACCUACAAUACACUGAUGCAUGGUCUCUUUCAGACGGGUAGACAUGUUGAGGCGCACAACCUUUUCCAUGAAAUGCUAAAAAAAGGUAAUAAAUCAGAUCUCGCAACAUGUCGAAUUCUCUUAGACGGCCUUUGCAAGAACCGAUACAUGGAUGAUGCAAUCUCCUUCUUUCGAAUGAUGGAAUGUGAAGGUAUAGUACAUGAUAUUCAAAUACAUAAUAUCCUAAUUGAUGGUCUCUGCAAGAUCAGAAAGCUUAAUAAGGCCAGAAUUAUUUUUGAUAAGCUUGCUUCGAGUGGUUUGCAACCUGACGUCAUAACACACAACAUAAUGAUCAGAGGACUUUGUCAAGAAGGGUUAUUUGAGGAAGCAAAGGAAUUACUUUCUAAAAUGGAAACGAGCAUUUGUUUGCCUAAUGAUGUGACUUAUAAUACGAUCAUCCGUGGAAGUCUUUUGAAUAAAAGAUAUGAAGAAGCAGCUGUACUGAUAGAGAACAUGCGAGCUCGUAAAUUUUCAGAAGAUGCAUCUACCACAUCCAUGGUACUGGACCUAUUAUCUAAAGAAGAACAAGACCCCUCCGUUCUUGCGUUCUGCAGAUGGUUUUUGCAAUAGGUACUGAAGUUUAUGGUUCAUUGUUAACUUCCUUAAGUUUUCUGCUGUAGUAAUAUGUUUUACUGAGCAAAGAAUUAUUCUAAUUAGCAAUGUAAGGGGUUCCAUCAGUUUGUUAAGAGCAAAUAGACAAUAUAUUUGAGACAGUAAGACUAUGUCUUCUAUUUGUAUUGAGUACGGUCUAUGUUCAAGUUGUCAUUCAGAAUUGAAA